CUGCUGGCGGUUUGAUUUGUAUUCCCAUCCAGCAGGCAGGCAGGCAGGCGGAAAGUCAGAGUCACGAAACACUGAUGAGAGAAGAGGGACAGACUGGAUGAAGCAGAGGCAGGGGAGGAGUCCUGCUGCCAAGGUGAACCUUUAAAGCUGCGUGUUUAUACGGACGUGCCGAACAGAAGCGGAGCCGCGGAUCGCGCGCCUGUCCCCGGGGUGACGGUCAGAGUGCAGCCGCUGGAAUAACCUCACAGACACGGAGCCGUCUUCGCUGGAAGGACGCGUUAUUUUUAUUUUUAUUUUUACUUUUUCCCCGCGUGUUUGUGGACAUUUUGGGGCAUAAAGUUCGCCGCCAUGGAAUGAGUUGAGUGGUUUACUCCGUCGAGAGCAGCGGAGGGAUUCAAGAAAGACGGUCAGGCCAUCACCCGCCCCACAGAGCUGUCUCGCUGUCUAACCGUGAUAUCUGCCGCACUCCUCCUGAGAAUCGCGAACGGCGGGAGAAUGAAGAGUCCCGCCGGGAUCUAAGGGGGAGGAAUUCGGCUUUCCGACGGUGCGGGGGGGACUCCGACUCCCUGAAGGGACCAGCUGUUGGGCUGCGUGCGGAUGAAGGCAUCACUUCUGUGGGUUUUGCCGCUUCUGAUUGGAUGUCGCCUCCAUUCAACCCUCCAAAGAUCACAACCUGAAAGAAGACCAUUUGUUUUUUCUCUGACAGGAAAAUGUUUUCAGUCGUGUGGAUCCUGCAGAGCGCCGUGGGGGCUAUAAGUGGAUGUUUGCUGUGGGAAUGAGGAGGAAAAGACAGAUUUUGUCUUUGAUUCUUUAGAAAUAGUCCAACUAAAAUGAUUAAUCGCUUUAAUCAUGAUUAACCUCGCAACUCAUGUAGUAAUCGAUUAAUCAUUAACUGGAGUAUACAGUAUAGAAAAAGGCUAUUUGCUGAAAUAGCAUUUUCAGUAAUUAAGCCAAAACUGUACAAAAUAUGUACAUUUGCAUUUAGAACAAAAAUCCUUUGUAAAUAUGUUCUACACAGAACUCCUCCAGUGGCUCAGUUCAGGCUUCACCUGGUUCAAAUUUUGUAAACAACAAAAAAUAAAUCUUUUAAGCUCCGUUGCUACUCAGUUAAUAAUCAGUUAAUGCAAAGCAAUAGUCAAAUUGCACAUCAUCAAGCUGUUUGAUGUUUUAGGCAAUACAAUCUUUAUUUUCUUAUUUAAAAGGGAAGUGAAUUUGUUAAUUUGCAACUUUUAAAGCAUUUCUAAUAUUGCAUAAAAAAGGCUUAAACAUGCUUAAAGAUCUUAAAAAUAUGCCAAUUUUUUAUCUGAUUGGUCGUCAGAAUAAUCAAUUACUAAUAUAAUUGCUAGUUGUAACCCUAUGAAAUAGCAGAAUUUUGAGGAGAGCAACAUAAACCUCGACUGCUUUUAAGAAUUUGAUCAGCUGUUAACAGAUUCAAAACUAUAACAUAUAACAUAUAACAGCUUUUAGCUGUUAUAAUAAUGUCCAUCACAAACAUUCGUCCUUAUUUUUAAUUUGAUACUUUGACUUAUAUCAGUCUUCAAACAUGUGACAUUUGGGGUAUUUUUCAAUCUGUCUCAAGCUUUAUGAACUUGGAUGGUCUGUUCUCCCUUUCAUUGUUGUGAAGAACAUUUUUUAUCUCCUAAAAACAUUUUUUAUCUCCAAAAAACUUUUCUUAUCUCCUCGGGCGGAGAAUUCACUACUCUUCUUGUCACCGCCAUGGUGAUGUCCCAGGGCACCUACACCUUCCUGGCCUGUUUCGCCGGCUUCUGGUUGGUCUGGGCCCUCAUCGUCAUGCUGUGCUGCUUCUGCAGCUUUUUACAGCGCCGGCUGAAGCGGCACAGAGAGGACAGACUCAGAGAACAAUGUUUGCGGGCCGUUGAGAUGGAGCCGCUUUCUGCACAUCCUGCCGGAUACCCAUCGGUGCCGCCACCGGCGCAGCCUCCGCAGGUGCAGAGGGAGCCGCCACCGCAGAUCUGCCCUUCCCAGAUGCUGGCGGCACCCGUCGCUCUGCCGGUUCCUCAUCCGAUGCCACAAGCCAACUGGGUCAGCAUGCCAGACACAGAUGUAUUUGGGAAGCCGCCUUGCUAUGAGGACGCGGUCCUGAUGGAGGACCCCCCUCCACCCUACAGCGAGGUCUUGGCUGACCCUCGAGGGGGGACGUACCUGAAGCCCGGCCCACUCCGGGGAGCGCCGCUGCCUUCCAGGGAAAACCCCCACCUGCCUCCAGUCGUCACAUCCGAGACCAGCAAGCCCCCAGUGGCCACCGUGUUCCCUGACAGGGGUUACUCCUCGCUAAUCCGCCUGCCUUCAUCCCAGCGCUGGGACUCAUUGGGUCAUCUCCUGUCCAACAUGGACCUGAACAACAGCCUGACCCCACCGGGGGCGCGCUCGCUUCAGGUGGCCACCGCCGCCGCCAUGGCGACCAUGCCGCGCAGGGAGUCUAGGACUCAUUAUGAGAGUAUGCAAAGUGAAAUACGGGGACUUCAGAGGAGCAUGCGGGGAUUUCAGGGAGGAUUUCAAGGUAUUCAGGGGGUUCAUAGACUGAGAAGUCUGGAGCCUAGCUGUGGUAUGCCAACCGCCUUCCCUUUGCUGGGUCGCAGCACUGCGGUCUGAGCCUGGAUCCCUACUGGGAGCAUCGUAUCAGCCAGUAAGAGGAACUGGAAAUGAACUCAGGAGUGUACUUACUUAGUUUGCAGAGCUAAUGUGUGAGUACAGGAGGACACAAACAAGUUUGUACCAGUAGCUGUGCUUCCAUUGAUCAUGUAAUUAUGAAAUGUGACAUUUGGAAAAUAAAUUUGCUUUAGGGAAAUACACCAAUUUUGAAAAAAAAACUUGUUUUCAAUAAAAAGUUUUGCCAUUAGGAUGAAGUGGUUUGUUUGGCCAUAUCGAAAUUGGUUUAUUUCGCAAAACUGCAAUGGAAACUUUUUUUGGCAUCGCAUGAGUCACAAUCAACAACUGGAUGUUGCCACUAGUGCUAACUACAAAGAAGAUAAUAACAUGUUUUUAAUAACUUAUCGAGUGAACAAACUUACUCACAUGUGAUUUCAAUUGUGCUUCUUAUUUAAUGGAAACAACACAAUUGCAAAAUUGUGUUUUUUCAACAUUAGCAGAAUAUUGACAGUUUUGCACACAUUACAAUUGAAACACAGCUACUGUUGUAGAGCUACAGCGGUGUUCUGCCAUCACUUUUGCGGCUGACGGAGUUGAAGAACUUUGGAGGUGCAGAGGAGGAGAGAAGAAGAAGCCAUAACGAGGUAAAGAUGUGCAACAAACGAUCUGCAAAUCCAACCUCUCCUGGUCUUUAUUUCCAUCUCCACCUCCUCUCUCAUUCAUCCCUGAUCUCUGCUUCUGUCUCAGAGCCACCCAUUGUACCGGCCUGCUGUUGCCAUGGCUCCUGAGAACUGCCUGUUUCCUUUAUCUGCUCUGAUUUUCUUUGUAUCACUCGGCUCACAGUUUGCAUCCUCUCAAGUACUGUGAGAAUUAAGGCGUAGGAGAAGAGCACACGGUGACCUUCAGUGGGACCCAGACAUGGUGUGACACCAAACAGAAGGCCAAGCUUCGUCUAAGAACGGAGAACAACUGCUCAGAAUCAAGUGAACUUUGAUUGUUGUUUUGUAACUGCUUUGUCAUUUUCAGUGCUGUCUUCACCGUCAGUAGAGAUUUGUUUUUUAAAUUACAUGACGUCAGCUGGAUCUCUGAUCCGAAAAGGACCUUUUUCAUGUACAGCCAUGAAAGACAAUCUUUGAAACAUUGUCAGAAUGCCUUUUUUCUUGUGUAAUAAAACAUUCUCAUCAACAA